AUGACAAGUCCCUGCUCCGCUAUGUGGGAUCCAAUCGCCUUUGACUUGACGGUCUGUGGCAGGCAUUUAAUUCUUGAUACCGCUUUACCUUCACUUCUCUUGGUAAUCUCUUUAAUUUAUCUUGCCAAUUAUUACUUAUCAAACAUUGACCAUUUCAAGUCUCUCAGUUUCAAGGGAGCAAUUAGAAUCCCUGAUGGUGAAGAAGAAUGUUUGAUUAGAGCAGAUGAUAGCCUUGUCAUAGAAGAUGCAUUUAUUGACUAUGGAGCAACGAAUGCAAAAACCUCUUCCACUCAUCUUGGAGAUUAUCUCAAGAGACAACACUUUGAUAUCCAUGCAUUAAAUGUUGGCAAAGAUGAUGGCACUCCUCACGGGACCUCUGUGGUGGUUUAUCGUAACUUGAAUGAACGUCUCAAGGUGGCCAUUGAGGCUUUACUUUUGGUGAUUCAAUUCGUCAUUCAUUCAUCUCUCUUAUUUUUCCCUUUAACUUCUGAAUGGGAUAAUGCUCCAGGUUCUAUUUCUGCAAGAUUCUUAUUAUGGACAUAUUUGAUGGUCAUUGGGGUUUUACGACUCUUCAAUAUCAACAACUCGUGGAAAUUCUACCUUAAAUAUUUCCCUAAUCUUUGGGCCAAUUCCACAGUUUGUUAUACGAUCUUGUUUGUCCCAUAUAUCAUUUUAUCCCGCUCUAUUGUCAUCAAUAACUUUGAUUCAACUUAUACCCAAAACUAUUACUAUGGCCAAUGCGUGAUUAUCGUGGUAUUAUUCUUUUUAACUUGGUCUGCCACUAUUGGCGACAAGCCAGUCAAACUUUACAAGACCAAUGAUUUGACUCCAUCCCCGGAACGAAACAUUUCUUUGUUUAGUUUUGUAUUAUAUGACUGGAUUGACCCAAUGAUUAUGAAGGCUUACCGUGAUGGUAUCGAUAUGAAAGACAUUUGGAGUUUGCGCGAUGAUGACUACGCUCAUGUGGUGUUGCGGAAGUUUGAAGACUUCAAGACUAGCUCCCGUUUCGCCUUAAAAUUGUUCAAAUUUUUCAAGGGUUUGUUUGCCUUACAGGCCAUUUUGACCGUAUUUGAAUCUUUCUUGAUGUUUGCUCCUACCUAUUUUCUCAAAAAACUUUUAGAAUAUGUCCAAGCUCCAGAGAUGACUCCUACAAAUUUGGCCUGGUUUUAUCUUUUUUUGAUGUUUUUUUUGAGAUUGAUAAACACUUUAUCAUUCGGGGUGGCAUUAUAUACCGGAAGAAGAAUUUGUAUUCGUAUGAAGGCUGUGAUUAUCGGAGAGAUUUACUCCAAAGGGUUACGUCGUAAAAUGGCAGUCAAUUCAAAGUCCAAUGCUAGCGACUCGGGUUCUAUUAAAGGAAAGGAGAAAGACAAUGAAACAGCAGAUGAAACUGAUGCAGAAGUCAGAGAUUUAGGAGGUAUUAUCAAUUUGAUGUCUGUGGAUGCUUUCAAAGUUUCUGAAAUUUGUGGUUAUUUACACUAUUUUGUCAGCGGUGCUCUCUCUGCGUGUAUUUCCAUUAUUUUCCUUUACCAAUUACUUGGUUGGAGUGCACUUGUUGGGGCCAUUGCCAUUAUUGCCCUCUUGCCUGUUAAUUACAAGAUUUCCUUGAAAGUUGGUGAUUUACAAAAAAAAAUUCUCGGGAUCACCGACAAGCGUAUUCAAAAGCUCAACGAAGCCUUGCAAUCUAUUAGAAUCAUCAAAUUUUUCACCUGGGAGUCCAAGUUCUAUGAUCAAAUAAUCGGAGUUCGUGCCGAAGAGUUGUCCGCCUUGAGGACUAGAUGUAUCAUAUCAGUUGGUGGGAAUUUCUUGUCAUUCUUAAUUCCAACUUUUGUUACCAUUUUAUCUUUCGGCUUCUUCAUUUUCAUUCAGGGUCAAGUGUUGACUACUCCCGUGGCUUUUACUUCUUUGUCACUUUUCAACUUGCUCAGAAUCCCAUUAGACGACUUGGCCUAUAUGUUAUCGUUUGUGAUUCAAUCUAAAGUUUCCCUUGAUAGAGUCAACGAUUUCUUGGAUGAGCCAGAAACUACCAAGUACGAACAACUUAGUGAACCUCGGGACGCUAAUUCUCCUUCAGUUGGGUUUCAAAAUGCGAGCUUUGCUUGGGAUUUGAACAGUGAUACUGACUUUAAGCUUCGUGAUUUGGAUAUUUCAUUCAGAACGGGACAAUUGAACGUAGUUAUCGGUGCCACUGGCUCAGGUAAGACCUCGAUGUUGUUGGCACUUCUUGGUGAAAUGGAAAAAACCAAUGGUAAAGUCUUUUUACCUGGUGCUAUGCCACGUAGCAAGUUGAUUGCUGAUCCACGUACUGGCCUUACUGAUUCUGUUGCUUAUUGUGCUCAAGCUGCAUGGUUGUUGAACGACUCUAUCAAGAGUAAUAUUGUUUUUGCUGCUCCGUUCAAUGCCAAACGUUACCAGGCUGUAGUAGAGGCCUGUGGGUUGGCCAGAGACUUUGAAAUAUUGGAAUACGGUGACCUAACUGAAGUUGGUGAAAAGGGAAUCACAUUAUCUGGAGGUCAAAAACAAAGAGUUUCUCUUGCCCGUGCCUUGUACUCUUCAUCGAAAACUAUUUUAUUGGACGACUGUCUUUCUGCUGUUGAUUCACACACUGCCCUUUGGAUCUAUGAUCAUUGCAUCACCGGUCCUUUGAUGAAAGGUCGUACCUGCAUUUUGGUGUCACACAACGUUGCUUUGACGGUUAAGAACGCUAAUUUGGUUGUUAUUAUGGAUAAUGGUAGGGUUAAGGCUCAAGGUACCCCAUCGGAGAUGUAUGCUGGUGGCCAUUUGGGUGACGAUGAGUUGAUCAAGGCGUCAAUUGAAGAAGCUUCAAUUGCCCAAGCAUCAGCAAUUGAAGAAGGGGUUGUAUCUUUUAACCUCUUACCAUCCAGAAGAGCCUCUCGUGCUUCUAUCGUUGGUAGAAGAAUGUCUAUUUUGAUGUAUGAUCUUGAUGAAGAAGUUCAAUUGGAAAGAGUGGUAUCUAAGGCUAACAAUGGAGAUGAAGCUGCUCCCCAACAUAAUUUGAUCAAGGAAGAAUCUAAAGCAGAAGGGAUUGUUGGUAAAGAUGUUUACAUUUUCUACGCCAAAAGAUUUGGUAGUAUUGCCCCUUGGAUUUUUUUGAUUGUUUUGUUUGUGGGAUCCCAAAUGAUCAACAUUGGUCAAUCUUGGUGGUUGAGACGUUGGGCUGCCGAUUCGGAAACUGGGCAUAUCUCUUUCCACGCGUUUGUGUUACACAAGACUUUUGAACACGGUUCAGUUGGUGCCAGUUUCAUUAACAACGAACGUCUUUGGAAAUCACCAAUGGCACAAGUAUUGGGAGAAUCUGCGGUUCAUGAUACCUGGUAUUAUAUGGGCAUUUACACAGCUAUUGGGUUCAUCUUUGCAUUUAUUUGUUGUCUCAGAGACUAUUUGGUUUUUAUUCAAGGGAUUAAGGCUUCAAAUUCGAUUUUUGUGGAAUUAUUGGAUAAAGUGUUCCGCGCUAAAUUAAGAUUUUUUGAUUCUACUCCUAUUGGUCGUAUCAUGAAUCGUUUUUCUAGAGAUAUUGAAUCUAUUGAUCAACAACUAGCUCCUAUGGCGCAAGGAUCAUUUAUUUCUUUGAUCGUUACUUGCUCUACCCUUGUUUUAAUCAUUUCUAUUACUCCUGCGUUCUUUUUGUUUGCAAUUUUCAUCAUUGGGAUGUUUUAUGUCAUUGCGAUUUUCUAUUUGACAUUAUCUCGAGAAUUGAAACGUUAUGAAUCAAUUUCUAGAUCGCCAAUUCAUCAACAUUUUAGCGAGACUUUGGUUGGUGUCACUACCAUUAGAGCUUAUGGAGAUGAACACCGUUUCAUGCGUCAAAACUUGGAGAAAAUCGAUGACAAUAACCGACCAUUCUUCUAUUUGUGGGUGGCAAAUCGUUGGUUACAUUUGCGAGUCGAUACUGCUGGCUCUUUUGUAUCAUUUUUUGCUGGGGCAUUUGUUAUAUUGAGUGUGAAAUAUCUUGAUGCUGGGCUUGCCGGGUUGUCAUUGUCAUACGCUAUUUCUUUUACGGAAUCCGCUUUGUGGAUUGUUAGACUUUAUGCCGAAGUGGAAAUGACAAUGAAUUCGGUGGAAAGAUUGCAGGAGUACUUGGAUAUUGAACAAGAACCUGCUCGUUUGAUUCCUGAAACUGCUCCAGAAGCUUCAUGGCCUUCAAAAGGGGUUAUUGAAGUGAAGGACUUAUCACUCAGAUACGCUCCAGAAUUGCCACAGGUCAUCAAGAAUGUAUCAUUCAACGUGGAAAGUACCUCUAAAGUGGGAAUUGUUGGAAGAACUGGUGCUGGUAAAUCGACAAUUAUCACUGCGUUGUUUAGAUUCUUGGAUCCUGAAACAGGGUUUAUUAAGAUUGAUGGGGUGGACAUUACCAGUAUUGGGUUGGAUACUUUACGUCAGGCUAUCACCAUAAUUCCUCAAGACCCAACUUUGUUUAGUGGGACAAUCCGGUCGAACCUUGAUCCAUUUGACGAGAAAUCAGAAUUGGAAAUCUAUGAAGCAUUGCGUCGGGUCAAUUUGAUUUCCCUUGAUGAAUUCAGCGCGGUACAAACCAUGGCGCAAUCUACAGUGUAUUGUGAAGGAGGAGAAGAUGAGGAAAAUCGCAAUAAGUUUUUGAAUUUGCAUAGUGUGGUAGAAGAAGGCGGCAAGAAUUUAUCACAGGGACAAAGACAAUUGAUGUGUUUAGCGAGAUCUUUACUUAGAGCUCCAAAAGUGAUUUUAUUGGAUGAAGCUACGGCGUCGAUCGAUUAUAAUAGUGAUGCUAAGAUCCAGCAAACCAUUAGAAGUGAAUUUAGUGGCAGCACUAUCUUAACCAUCGCCCAUAGAUUGAGAUCGAUCAUUGAUUACGACAAGAUUUUGGUUAUGGAUGCUGGGGAAGUUAAAGAAUAUGCUGAUCCAUGGACUUUGAUUUCUGAUAAGAGUACGAUUUUCUAUAGCAUGUGUGCUAAUUCUGGGGAGCUUGAAACAUUGGAAGUUGAAGCUAAAAAAUCAUUUAAUGAGAAGCAUUAG